AUGGACCAGGCCGAUCCCGCACGCAACUUCUUCGACGAGGGCGAGGAGGUCGACCUGUACGGCGUGCUCGGCGUCGAGGCCGCGGCGCCCGAGGCCGAGAUCAAGCGCGCCUACAAGCGCCUCGCGCUCCAAUUUCAUCCCGACAAGGUCUCGCGCUCCGGCCUCUCGGCCGAGGCGGCGUCGCGCAAGUUCCAGCAGGUCAGCUUCGCCUUUGGCGUACUCUCCAACGAGGGCCGCCGCCGCCGCUUCGAUGCCACGGGCCGCACCGACGAGCUCGUCUUCGGCGACGACGGCAACGUCGACUGGGACGAGUACUUUGCCACGCUGUGGCAGGGAGAGGUCAGCGGGCAGAGCCUGAAGGAGUACAAGAAGAAGUACCAGCACUCUGACGAGGAGCGCCAAGACAUCCUCGCCGCCUACGAAGAGACGUCGGGCUCGCUGGAGGACAUCCUCAACGCCGUGCCGUGUCUCGAGAUUCUCGAGGACGAGGAGCGCGUCGUGGCCUUGAUCGACGCCGCGAUCGCAGCCAAGGACAUCAAGAAGCUGCCGCUCUGGACCAAAUCGCUGAAGGACGACAAGGGCCGCAAGCAGAUGCGCGCCCGCGCCAAGGCCGAGACCAGCGAAGCCGAGCAGGCGGCGCGAGAGCUCGGCGUGUGGGACGAGCUGUUCGGCGACGGCAAGAAGGGCACGCGCGGCAAGGGCAAGACCAUGCGCGGGGAGGCGCAGGGCACGGGAGAGGGACACGAUGCUGAGAGUGAGCCGGAGGAGGAUGAGGAUGAGGACGAGGAAGACGAGGAGGACGAGCAGCCGACGCGCGGCAAGAAGACGAAGAAAGCGCCUGCGCCGAAGGCCAAGGCACCUGCCAAGAGCAAGCCGGCGGCGAAGGGCAAGGGCAAGCGGAAGGCAGAGGCAGAGGAUGACGAGGAGGAGGGCGACACGGCCGGCCUGGAGCGUCUCAUCGCCGCGCGGCAGCAGCAGCGCAAGGCCGGCAUGUCGACUAUGAUCGAGCAGAUGGAGGCGCGCGCCAAGGAAGAAGAGGCCGAGCGGCUGAAGGGCAAGGGCAAGAAGGCCAAGGGCGGCGCCGCUGCGGCAUCUGGCAGCGGUGGCAGCAAGGGCAAGGCGAAGGCGGCCGCCAAGCCCGCGAAGCGGGCGCCCGGCCCGCCCCUGCGCAACGGUACCGGCGCCACGCUGCCGCCCGACCCGCUGGACGACGACGAGUUCGAGCGCAUCCAGCAAAAGAUGCUCCAGAAGCGCGACGCUGCUGCUGCGGAGCCCGCCGAGGCCAAGCCGAAGGCCAAGCGCGCGAAGAAGGCUUGA